UCUUCUCUCUGUUCGAAAAACUCUUUGAAUUUUGAAAUAAAAUUAAUAAAAAUUUGAAAAUUUGAAAAGGAAAAAAAUGCAAGGAGAAGAGGUAAGCAUAGAAGAGCUCGCCUCAAAUCUUGCCACCUACAAAGAUCAGCUUCAUCAGACAAAGUUGCUUUUGGGGAAAGUUUGCUUGCGUGUAGUGAGUUGUGACAUCUUGACUAGCUGUCCUUCUUUUUAUUGGUCAAAGAGCUUUUGGUUGAUGAUCCUGGAAACUCUGAAUAUGUAGACAUGGAAAGGGAGCUUAAAGAGGUGAUUGCUUUGACGGAAGAACUUCUUGCAACUGCAAAGCAAAAUGAUAUUUCAGGAUCAGAUAUUGGGACUAGCGGUAGGGCAUCUCCAAGUUUGCCCCAUUCCAAAAUGGACUCAGAAAGCAUGUUGGAUCAUCAAGGAAAGUUUCCCAUUGGCACAAAAGUUCAAGCUGUUUGGAGUGAAGAUGGGGAAUGGUAUGAUGCAACAAUUGAGGCGUAUUCUCCAAAUGGCUAUUUUGUUAGUUAUGAUGGAUGGGGGAAUAAAGAAGAGGUGGAUCCUGACAAUGUAAGGCCAAUUCAAGAAGGAGUUGUCAAUACUUUGGCAGAAGCUGAGAGAGUGGCUGAAGCUACCAAGCAAGCUAUAAAACGUAAGAUUGCACUGGCUGCUUCCAUGGACUACCAGUCGCGGAGUUUACCUGCAAAGCUUCGAAUAGAGCCUGAUGACCCAGAGGAUGUGAAAGUUGCCAAGCGUAAGAAGAUACAUGCUUUUAAGUCAAAGGUGCGGAUGGAGCAACUUGAAGUCACACAGAAUAAGCGGCAGAAUGCUUGGCAGCAGUUCCAGACAACCAAAGGCAAGACUAAGAAGAUUGGUUUCUUUUCGGGGCGCAAGCGGGAAAGCAUCUUCAAGUCUCCAGAAGACCCACAAGGCAAGGUUGGUGUGACAGGAAGUGGAAAGGGUUUGACCGAGUUCCAAAAAAGGGAAAAACACUUGCAUCUCAAGGGAGCGACCGUUGAUGGUGCGGAUGAAUAGGUUAGAGUUCCUAGUUUCGCUGUAUCUGCAAGACGUAGCUCAUGACCGAACAGUCGAGAGAGUCUUUAAACAGAAUGUACGGUGUUCACAUGGUCUUAAGCUUUUCUUCUUUUAUUUAUAUUUUGAAAUUCAAGCUUAGCAUGGGGUCAAACUGUACUUAUCACAAAAAAGAAGAAAAAGACUGCUUUCUAACUUUGGUGUUUGUAUGUGACAAAUCUCUUCUUCUCA